AUGCUGCAAACUGUAACAACAAAUGGUAUCACAAUUAUCUAUACGGAUAUGGCAGCAAUUAAUUAUGCAAAUGAAUAUCGAGAUAUGUCAAUUAACAGAUGCGGUUUCAGUUCAUCAAUGGAUAUUGGCUACGGUUCUUGUACACCUCGUCCUUACGAUUUAGCUUCCUCUAUCAUUCUUUGUAUUUGCUCAACUGAUUACUGUUCAGAAAGUCUAUCGACCUGUCAAACAUCUGUGAUUCAAGCUAGGUCUUCACCACCAACUCCUCUACCAAUUGUUUAUCCAACUUUAACUAGCACUGUCUCAUGGUAUGAUAAUACGUAUACCGCAGCUAAUACUAGUCGUUUCUCAUGUGGUUCGCAUGAUAAUUUAACGUUGCUUUUUUCACAAAACUUUCCAGUUAAUAUUACAGCUUGUAAUAUCUACGUUCAGACACAUACAAUUCUCUGCAAUUAUUGGGAUAUUGGUGGUUACAUUGAUCAGGGUGCACUUUUUGAUGAUAUGGCUAUUGUAGUUCAACGCAACUAUGCUAGAAGUCUAGUAUCAGGUGUCUUUUGGGCUGUAAACAGUAUAUACGAGGGGACGACUAAUAUAUGGGGUUUUACGGCUAUCCCAUUUUCGUCUGGACUCCGAUUGUGUCUAUGCGGCACAAAUAAUUGUAACAGAAAUGGAACAUGUCAAGCUGGUACAUCAGAAUGGCCUAACUCUUCAAUAACAUCUGUAUCAGCAGCCAGUAGUACUGUUGGCAGCAGUGUACUAUCAACAGUGCCUAGCAGUACUCCUUUGAGCAGCAGUGGAACUUACACUUACACUACUCGAUCAUCUCAAACUGCUGUCUUAGUUACCUCUACAACUGUCAGAACAACUUCUCAAGCUUCUAUAAAUGUAUUCAUAAAAACUAAACAACAAGAAACAGAGAGAGGAGAAGCAAGAAAUACACAGUUUGAUAGAGAAUUAGCGAUUGCAGCUUUUGCUUUCCAGAGAUAUAUAGACCCAUUAAGGAAUAAAAAAAUCCUAUUACUCCUAAAAGCAAAAGCUCGUCAACGUAGUAAUUCUAUUCGUACGAAAUUAACAGGUAAAGCAUUAGAAAAUUUUCGUGCUAAUGCUAAUUACCGUCAAAGAAAAUGUCGUUUAAAUAAACGUAAACGUUUAAUUAAAAAAUAA